AUGGGUAGUUGGAACUCUGUAGAAAGUUUGAAAAGCUCCACAUGGAGAGAGUUAGAAGCUGUAUAUAGAGUGUUGUUGUCAUUACUAGUAACAUUACAAGGGAUCGGGUUAAAAUGUACCAUUCAGAAAGAGAUUUCACAGUGUGGAGCGAUUUCAGAAAAUUUCACUCAACUUGGUGGGAAAAUUGAAGAAUUUUUGUUACAUUCACAUAGCAGCAACACCAAUAGUAAAUAUUUUUAUUCUUUUAAACGUUGUGAACAGUUUAUAUCUAAAGAAGGAGGAAAAUCUAUUCCCGCUUCUCCAAUUCACGUUGCGUUAUACUUAACUCAUUUACUGGAUAAAGGCUCGUCUAAAAGUGUAGUGCAAUCUGCCGUUUACGGGAUCAAGUGGGCGCAUAACAUUCAAGGAAUUCAAGAUCCGACAACAAAUUCUUUCGUUGUGAAUUUAAUGGAAGCUGCAAAACGACAACCUCACAGACCGAAAGUGAAAAAAGAUCACAUUACCGUAGAUGUUUUGAUAAAUUUAUGUUCUAAGUACAAAGACUGUAAUGAUUUACUUGUUAUACGGGAUUUAACUAUGAUAAUUUUAUGUUUUGCUGGUUUUCUUCGUUAUGAUGAAGUAAGCGCAAUUCGUUGUAAGGAUAUAGUUUUCAAAGAUGAUAAUUUUUCAAUCAAGAUAUUUAAGAGUAAAACUGAUCAAUAUAGAUUAGGUGACGAAAUUGUCAUUUGUAAAGGAGAGUCAAUUGCCUGUCCAUAUUUAUUAUUGAAAAAGUAUUUUCAAUUAGCUAUGAUUAAUUCUGAAUCAGAUAAUUUUUUAUUUAGACCAAUUUUCAGAUCAAAACAAGUUUGUUCAUUAAUAUAUAAAAAUAAACGGUUAAGCUAUACCAGAGCUAGAGAAUGUAUAGUUUCUAGGUUAAAAAGUAUUUGUCCUGAUUUAAACAUUAGUUUGCAUUCUUUGAGAGCAGGUGGGCUACUGCAGCCGCCAAUUCAGAUGUAA